AUGUCUCCAGAAAAGCAACGCGUCGGCGUUGGUUUGGUGAAGGCUUGCCGCAAAAGUUCAUCUCGUUUGAGCCGCCGGCAGCCCCAUGCAGACGACGACAGUGACGACGGAGCACGAGUAUUGGACUUGCGGGAGAAGCUACGAAAGAAGCGAAGUGAGGAAGAUACGUAUUCUCCCCUGCGAAUUGAAUUCGACAACGAAGACUACGAAGGCGGUGAAGAGUCUGAGUGAAAUCGCGUCUCUUUUUUUUUUUUUUGAAAAGUGAAAACAAACGCUUGGUUUUGUUCUGUUUCAUAAAUUAUCACGUUCGGUAUGUGUGUGUGUGUGUGUGUGGUGUUUUUGGCGCUCGAUUUCGCCGGAAUGUUUGCAGGGAGGUUUAGUAAAAAUUGGUUGGGAAAAUCUUGCUUAAAUA